UUUAUCGUAUUAGUUGUGUAGAGUCCUUGGCCUCGUUCUGGUCAUUAGCACGAAGUGGCAGUCCUGACUUUUAAUAUUUCCCGAAUAUAUAGUGCAUUCUGGCCGGUUAACAAUCAGUUUCUAGAUUCCGUCAUUCGGGUAAGCACCGUUCAGGAUAUCAGUUAACUUUUGUGAUUCGUGACAUCUUUUAAACGCAAAAAUGGUGAAUUCUAACGGAAAUGGUGAUUAUGCGGAAGCUGAAUAUCUUCGCAAAAUCUUCAUCGGCGGUUUAACUUCCACUACUACUGACGAGGGGUUACAACAGUAUUUCGAAAAAUGGGGUACUGUUGUCGAUGCAGUAGUUAUGAAAGACCCGAAAACCAAAAAAUCGCGGGGUUUUGGUUUCAUAACUUAUUCGGAGUCAUCAAUGGUGGAUGCCGCUCAAAAAGCUCGCCCGCAUACAAUCGAUGGACGGACUGUGGAGGCCAAACGCGCUGUUCCCCGAGAGGAUGUUGGCCGCCCAGAAAUUAGUGGAAACUCCCAAAAGAUCUACGUUGGUCGGCUUGGUUCUGAAAUAACGGAGGAUGAUCUGCGUGAACACUUUGGAAAUUUUGGUAACGUUACCGGAGUGAAUAUCGUCAAGGACAAAGAAGGACAGUCGCGUGGUUUUGGAUUUGUUGAGUUCGAUGAUAGUGAUACUGUGGAUAAGCUCGUUUUGCAAAAGGAUCAUGAGAUCAACGGAAAAGCUGUUGAUGUGAAGAAAUCCCAGCCUAAGCAAAAGGGUGGUGACGGUGAUAAUAGUAGGCAGGGAAGCGGAAGAAACCAAGUUAACCAGGGUGGAUUCCGCGGUAACAACGCCGGAGGCAAUAACAACUGGGGCCGUAAUCAAGGCAACAACUUUAGCGGAAGCGCAUGGAGUCAGAAUAACUCAAACACCGGAUAUGGUGGAGGUAACUCUGGCAACAAUGCUUGGAGCAACAACUCCAGUGGAAACUUUGGUAAUAACUCCGGCGGUGGUUUUGACAACAAUUAUGGAGGCGGCUGGAACAAUUACAGUGGCGGUAAUUCCGGGAACAAUUUCGGCAACCAAGGAUUCGGUGGUAACUAUGGAGGAAAUAGCGGAGGUAAUUUUAACAAUAGCAGCAGUUACGGAUCCGGCAAUCAACAGUUUGGAAAUGGAGGCGGAAAUUUCGGAAACUCCGGUAAUAAACAAUACAACAACAGUGGCGGAUUUAAGAAUUUCAGCAACAAUGGAAAUAAUUUCGGAGGCGGUAAUCAAGUACGCAAAGGUGGACUCGGACCAAUUCGUAACCAGAACACAGGCAACCGCCAGAGACCUUUUGGAAAUAGGAACGCAGGGGCUAUUGGAGGAGGCAACUUCGGCAAUUAGGCGGCCCCAACAGAUGCACAGGAAUAUACGUAGAUUUUUGGACUUAAAAAUUGAUUGUAAUUUUACUUCUUGAUUUAAUUUGUAUUUUUAUACCUUUUUACAUUCUUGUAAAGUAGAUCUCUAAACUGUUAGGGCAUUAUUCCCAUUGACUACUAUGAAACCCAGUAGCAUAUGUUAUAUUAGAAUAUAUAACAACUUUUAGGCGAUCAUUGACUAGAUUAGAAGCCUUGACCUAUACUUAGGAAUUAGAUGUUUCUUAUAAUGUUUUUGUACGAGUUUUUCUUUGAAUAAAUUUCCUGUGCGUAAUUUAUGGUUUUUAGGCAUUUUGAAUCCGACGUAGUCAACCUUAUAUUUGUAACUAUUUAUUAUUAUAUUGAAGAACUUCAAAUAAAGCCUACAGACUUACGCAUAA